AUGAGGGGUCCAGGUGGAGCUGGAAUCCUUCAGCGCCAACACGCGCGCGGAGAAGGAAAAGAUCAGCUCAUUCCGAAGCCGCGAGAUUACCUCGUUGGCGCGCAAAGGAAGGACAAGGCGAUUCUGCAGCUCCUUCGCAUUGCGCUCAUGGGCCUCGAUAAAUUGCUCCAGUUGGCGAACCGUGAGCGGCGGCUUCGGGCGAGAACUCUUGGCACCGCCAAACGACGGGCUAUUAAUCGUAGAAGAAGUGGGAUCCUUUCCAUAAGUCGAAAAGGGAUCGGAUUCGCCAACAUUCAUAGCAAAUCGAUCGAGGUCUUUGAGCGGCGGGUAGGGGACGUCCACAAAGGAAUAUUCGGAAGAUGUUUUUCCCUGUGA